UUGAGGGGUCGAGGGCACUUCUUCCUUCACUGAAAUUACGGUUCAUUUCAUCCCGCGUGCGGCGUGCGCGCUUCCUCUCCCUCUCUCUCUCUCCCCCCUCUUUCUGCGACGAACUGAGUGGGCUAGCUCCGCCGCCGCCCUACGCCAGGUGCCGAGGCCUUCGUUGGUCUCUUCGCCGGCCACGAGCACCCACCAGUAAAAUAGUUAAUGUAUGCAAAGGUGGAACCAGAUAUAUUUCUGUAGAAGUAAAUGAUAUAAUACUAUGAAUAAGGAUGGAAUAUUGUCUGAUGAUAAGAUGGCAAAGAUGGAAUCUGUUCAACCAAAUGGACAGCUAGUAGAUAUAAUAAUCAUCGACUCUCAAAGUGAUGAAAAUAAAAUUGGUGUGGAUACUAGUACUAGCAUAGGAGACAGUUCAUUGAAGGAGUAUAAGGAGCCUCCAUGCACAACAAUGGACAACAAUGCGAAUGAAGAAACAUCCAUUACUGAUGAUGAUACAGAGUCCGAUUCAUAUGAAAGCUCUCUCCGAGAAUCAGAUAAUGAACAAGCUUCAGCAUCUGUGGAAGGCACUGAGGUACCUCUUACUGAGGAAGAAGUUGAAGAAUUGGUUGCUGAAUUCCUCGAAGUCGAGAGCAAAGCAGCUCAAGCGCAAGAGUCACUUGAAAAGGAGUCACUGGACAAAGUUGAAAUUGAAGUAAGAUUGGAGUUAUCUGAGAGGCUUCAAGGAGAUGAGUUAGAAUCAGCUGUGUCAACUGAGAUGGAGCAAUUCCAGAUGCAAUGGGAAAAUGAACUUGAUGAUCUAGAGAUCCGUAGUUCUAUUCUGUUGGAACAACUUGAUGCUGCUGGAAUUGAACUUCCCAGACUCUAUAAGUCAAUUGAAAGUCAAGUUCCAAAUGUUUGUGAAACUGAAGCAUGGAAGAGCAGGACACAUUGGGCUGGUUCUCAAGUGCCUGAAGAAGCUAACCGAUCCAUUAAAAAUGCUGAUGAAUACCUUCAGUCUCGCAGACCUGUACGGAGAAAACACGGGAGGUUGCUGGAGGAAGGUGCUAGUGGCUUUCUUACUGGAAAAAUUCCUGUUGAGGAUGAUGAUUCUGUUAAGUGUCAUGAGAAAAGUUGGAGCUCUUUCAAUGAACUUAUUAAAUCUAAGGAGAAUGCUGAGAAUACAUUUGGUAGCAGUAACUGGGCAUCAGUUUAUCUUGCAAGCACCCCCCAGGAAGCAGCCGCAUUAGGUCUCCAGUUUCCUGGAGUUGACGAGGUAGAGGAGAUAUCUGAAGUUGGUGGUGUUUUUGAUGAUAUAAAAGGUGUAGAUGAAGUAGAGCUUUCUGAGGAACAGAGAAGGAAAUACAGAAAGGUUACGGAAGAGGAUGAUGCAAAAAUAAUGAAGUGCCUGCAGCGUCGUUUGAAAGGAAAAAGGACGAGGGGCUGGUGUAAGGAGAACAUUGGUUUGGUCUCAUCAUGUGAUGAGAAACCUCUACCAGAAAAUGGUGUUUUAGGUGCUAAAAGUGAUCUUCCUUCAUCUAAAAAACUCAAAACUGAUGAAAACAAAGUUUCUAUGGAGACAUUGAAGCAUACAUUUGAAGAUGAUGAUAACGAGAAGAGAUUGAAAACUGUUAUAAUAGAAAGUGAUGAUGAUAUGCAGACAGAUAACAAACGAGCUUUACAAAAGGAUGGUGAAGGUAGUUCCACAGAAGUCGAAAAAGUGGUUGAUAUCAUUGAUCUUGAUCUUUUCCCAUCACAAAGCCCUAAGCUCCCUACUAAGAGUUUGCCUAAAACUUUCAAAUGUACUAUUUGCUCUGAAAUGUUGAAUGCCUCUGAUGUGCAUCGCCACCCUGUCUUGGAUGUUGUUGUUUGUGGAUCAUGCAGAUUUCUUGUGAUAGAGAAGAAUCGUCUUGAGGAUCCUGUAUCUGGUGGUUAUUGCACUUGGUGUGCACGAAGUGAACUGCUUCAAAGUUGUAGUUCUUGUAAGCUUCUUUUCUGUACAAAUUGCCUGUCAAAGAAUUUAGGUGAAGAAUGCUUAUCAGAAGCUAAAGCCACUGGUUGGCAGUGUUGCUGCUGCAUACCCAGUCAACUGGAACUUUUAAUUUCUGAAUGUGACAAGGCCCUCGGUGGCGUGGAAUCUUCUGAUUCAGAGAGUAGCAACACAGAGCUUUCUGGACCAGAGAAUAGUGCAACUGUUAGCAAGCGAAGAAUGAAGAAGAGUAUUAGAAGAAUUAUGGAUGAUACAGAACUUGGUGAGGAAACAAAGCGUAGAAUUGCAAUGGAGAAGGCAAGGCAAGACCAUUUGAAGUCCAUGCAAGAGCAAUCUGCCACCAAGUUAAGGAGUGAGAAUAUUGGAACUCCCUUUGAAGCUCCAGUGAAAAUCUGUUUACAGGAUGCUGGUGAUGGACAUAUAGUCAACCUUGCCAGGGAGGAGGAUGAGGAACCUGUUAGGAUUCCAAGCAGCAUGUCUUCUAAACUGAAACCUCAUCAGGUAGAAGGAAUAAGGUUUAUGUGGGAAAAUGUUAUUCAAUCUGUUAAAAAGGUCAAAUCCGGGGAUAAAGGUCUUGGGUGCAUUUUGGCGCAUAACAUGGGCCUUGGGAAAACCUUUCAGGUUAUUACAUUCCUCUAUACUGUUAUGAGAUGUGCUCAAUUGGGAUUGCGCACAGCACUUGUUGUCACCCCUGUCAAUGUUCUUCAUAACUGGAGGAAAGAGUUUAGCAAGUGGCGUCCAGCAGAGCUGAAACCUCUUCGUGUUUUUAUGUUGGAAGAUGUUGCAAGGGUGAAAAGGCCAGAUUUACUAACCAGAUGGCGAGUGAAGGGUGGAGUGCUUCUCAUUGGUUAUUCAUCAUUUAGGAACUUAUCCCUUGGAAAGCAUGUGAAGGACAAAAAUUCUGCAAACGAAAUUGCUUAUGCUUUGCAGGUGACGUACCAUGUCCCUGCUAUCGGUACUGUUUCAAGUUCACUGUACUGCCAGUGUGGGCCAGAUAUUCUUGUAUGUGAUGAAGCACAUAUGAUAAAGAACAGGAGGGCCGACAUUACGCAAGCUCUGAAACAAGUAAGAACACAGAGAAGAAUUGCUUUAACUGGAUCUCCGUUGCAGAAUAAUUUGAUGGAAUAUUAUUGUAUGGUUGAUUUUGUCAGGGAAGGUUUUCUUGGGAGUACUCAUGAAUUCCGAAACAGGUUCCAGAACCCAAUUGAAAAUGGGCAACACAUGAAUUCAACAUCAGAUGAUGUCAAGAUCAUGAACCAACGAUCACACAUCUUGUUUGAACAACUGAAAGGUUUUGUCCAGCGGAAGAGCAUGAAUGUUGUGAAGAAUGAUCUACCACCAAAGAAGGUUUUUGUUAUUACUGUAAAGCUCUCUCAGCUGCAGAGGAAGCUAUACAAAAGGUUCUUAGAUGUUCAUGGUUUCUCAAGUAGUGGUUAUUCAGAAAAAUCUCACAGUUCCUUCUUUGCCAAGUACCAAACAUUAGCCCAGGUAUGGAAUCAUCCGGGGCUCCUCCAGAUGGCUAAAGAACAGAGAGGAAAUUUGCGUCGUGAAGACACUGUUGAGAACUUUAUGAUGGAUGAGAGUUCAAGCGAUGAUAAUGUUGAAAAUUACUUGCCUAAUGGAGAGAAGCAGAAGGAUAGAGCUGAUCAGCAGUCCAAAAAAAGCAACAUUGUGAAUGAGGAAAGUAACUGGUGGGAGGAACUUUUAGAUGAGAAUACCUAUAUGGAAGCAGAUUACAGUGGCAAAAUGACCUUGCUCCUAGAUAUCCUGUCAAAAAGUUCUGAAUUAGGCGACAAAGUAUUAGUUUUUAGCCAGAGUUUGACCACUCUGGAUUUAGUGGAGUUUUAUCUGGCAAAACUGCAAAUCAAUGGAAAAGAAGGCAAACACUGGAAGCGAGGGAAGGAUUGGUACAGGCUUGAUGGGAGCACUCCAUCUUCUGAACGGCAGAAUCUCGUGGAGAUGUUUAAUGACCCUGGAAACACAAGAGUGAAAUGCACGUUGAUAUCAACUCGUGCUGGAUCCCUGGGUAUCAACCUUCAUGCUGCAAAUCGCGUGGUUCUUCUGGAUGGAUCAUGGAAUCCAACACAUGAUUUGCAAGCCAUUUAUCGGGUUUGGAGGUAUGGCCAGACCAAACCUGUAUAUGCCUACCGCCUAAUGGCACAUCGAACAAUGGAAGAGAAAAUAUAUAAGCGCCAGGUGACAAAAGAAGGCCUUGCAGCAAGGGUGGUGGAUAGACAGCAAGUUUCAAGAACCAUUUCCAAAGAAGAGAUGCUGCAUCUUUUUGAAUUUGGUGAAGAGGAAUUAAUGGAACAGAAUGAGAAUGGUUCUACCAUAAUUGAGAAGCCAUCCACUUCUGACACUAUUAAAACCUCUGAGCCUGUACCUGUCGACAGUCUCAUGCUGAGCCUACUCAGUGAGCAAACUCGGUGGAUUUCAGGUUACCAUGAACAUGAAGCUCUCCUCCAAGAAAAUGAAGAAGAAAGGCUUACAAAGGAGGAGAAAGAUAUGGCUUUGUCAGAGUGGGAGUCAUUGAGGAAAGCUGCACUUGAUUCCGAGAGAAAAUCAAACAUGAGCGCAGCUCCAACAUAUCCUAAUGUUGUGCGGCCACUUAAGCCUGCUUCGAGAAGCCGGCAACUGCAGCAACCUAAGGUUAACUCAAAUAAUCAAAAGAAGUGCAACAACUUAACCCACUUGCUGACUCUAAGAAGUCAUGGCACGAAAGCAGGGUGCACGACAACCUGUGACGAGUGUGGCCAGGAGAUUAGUUGGGAGACUCUAAACAGAGAUGGCAGAUCGAGAUGAUGCCUGUCCAUGUGGCAUUGACAGAUUUUUUUUGUUCUUUUUGUAAAUGCUGACGUCCAGGUAGUAGUAUACAUUGUGUACACGAGAGUAUUAGAGUAGAAAGUAGAAAGGACAAUGAAAUUGGUUCUUGUGGUCCACAUGGUAGAACGCAUGAGAUGCAAUUGAGCAUGAGAUACAAUUGAACCAUCACAUUAUUAUGGAAUAUAGUCGUGGCAAGAUGUUCGUUAUGCA